ACCCCAAAAUCUGGCAGUGCCCAAAUCCCACAGGACCCUAAAAUCCAUUGGGACCCCAAAAUCCAGUGGGACCCCAAAACCUGGCACUGCCACAAGACCCCCAAGCCAAGGGGACCCCAAAAUCCUCUUUAUUCCCAUGGGACCCCAAAAUCCAGUGGGAUCCCAAAAUCCCGAGGUGCCCCAAAAUCUGACAGUGCCCAAAUCCCACAGGACCCCAAAACCCCGAGGCCGGGGGGACCCCAAAAACCCCCCCGCCCCCCAAAUUUCCAAUUCCGACUUCUCCAAUUCCUGCUGGAGAAUUCCCAGGUUUUAUUCCUUGUUCCCCUCUGGGGGAUCCCGCUGGAAUUUAGGGGGAUCCCACAGGAAUUCUGGGGGAUCCUGCUGGAUUUUGGGAAAUCCACUGGAAUUUCAGGAGGAUCCUGCUGGAAUUUUGGGGUGAUCCUGCUGGGAUUUUGGGGGAAUCUUGCUGGAAUUUUGGGGGAGCCACUGGAAUUCUGGGGGAUCCUGCUGGAAUUUUGGGAAAUCUCCUGGAAUUUCAGGGGGAUCCUGCUGGAAAUCUGGGAAACCCCACUGGAAUUUUGGAGGAUCCCGCUGAAAUUCUGGGGGAUCCUGCUGGGAUUUCAGGGGGAUCUGCUGGAAUUUUGGAGGAUCCUGCUGGAUUUUGGGAAAUCUCCUGGAAUUCUGGGAAAUCCCACUGGAAUUUUGGGGGAUCCUGCUGGGUUUUCUGGGGGAUCCAACUGGAAUUUUGGGGGAAUCCUGCUGGAAUUUUGGGGGAGCCACUGGAAUUCUGGGGGAUCCGCUGGGAUUUCUGGGAGAUCCCACUGGAAUUCUGGAUCCCGGUUUGGUGUUCCUGGAUUUUCUGGCUCCGCUCUGGGAUCUGUCCCCGGACCUCGGGAUUGGGAGCAGCGACCCCGGAACUGAAACUUGGGAAUGUUACACCAGAGAAGGACCCGGAUCCCACACGGGAUCGAGUCGGGAUUCCGUGUGGGAACGUCAGGAUUCCAUUUGGGAUCAAGUCGGGAUUCCGUGCGGGAAUGUGUCGGGAUUCCAGAUGGGAUCAAGUCGGGUUUCCAUACAGGAUCAAGUCUGGAUUUCAUAUGGGAAUGGUUUUGGAUCCCAUUCCAUGUGGGAAUGUUGGGAUCCCGUGUGGGAAUGUCGGGAUCCCACGUGGGAAUGCCCAGAUUCCACAUGGGAAUGUCGGGAUCCCAUACGGGAAGGUCGAAAUCUUGUGUGGGAAUGCCCAAAUUCCAUGUGGGAUCACGUGUGGGACUGUUGGGAUCCAGUGUGGGAAUGCCCAAAUUCCGUGUGGGAAUGUUGGGAUCCCACAUGGGAAGGUCGGGAUCCAGUGUGGGAAUGUCAGAAUCCCGGUGGGAAGACCCAAAUUCCAUAUGGGAAUGCCGGGAUCCAGUGUGGGAAUGCCCAAAUUCCGUGUAGGAAUGUUGGAUCACACAUGGGAAGGUCGGGAUCCUGUGGGGGAAGGCCCAAAUUCCAUGUGGGAAUGCCAGAAUUCCAUGUGGGAAUGCCAGAAUUCCAUGUGGGAAUGCCGGGAUCCCGCUGUCCCGCCCUCCACAAAGAGAUCUCUGUGACCCGCG